AGCCCUAUAAGUGCACCGAGUGUGACAAAUGCUUCACCAAUUCAUGGGGCCUCACUUGCCACAAAAGGCUCCAUUCUGGGGAGAAACCAUAUGAAUGCCACAUGUGUGGAAAGAGAUUCAGUGUAAAACAAAGCUGUAUCAUACAUAGCAGAACCCACACUGGGGAGAAACCCUAUGAAUGCUUGGAGUGUGGAAAAACCUUUAGCAACACCUCUUCUCUAACCAUACAUAAUAGGAUGCAUAAAGGGGAAAAACCUUAUAAAUGCCUGCACUGUGAAAAGAGCUUCAGUGAUAAAGGUCCUCUUAAGUCACAUGAGAGGAUCCACACGGGAGAAAAACCAUUUCAAUGCAUGGAGUGUGGAAAGAGCUUCUAUAGCUCUUCAAACCUGACUGCGCAUCACAGAAUCCACACAGGGGAGAAGCCCUUUCAAUGCCUACAGUGUGGAAAGGGCUUUGCCAGUUCUGGUGGCUUUCAUGCCCACAAACAGACCCACACAGGGGAGAAACCCUUUCAAUGCCUGGAGUGCAGAAAGAGCUUCAGUCAAAAAGGUCAUCUUAAGUCACACGAGAGGGUCCACACGGGAGAAAAACCAUUUCAAUGCAUGGAGUGUGGAAAGAGGUUCAGUGCAAAAAGUAGCUAUAUCGUACAUAGCAGAAUCCACACUGGGGAGAAACCAUACAAAUGCCUGGAGUGUGGAAAGAGCUUCAGUAAAAAAGGUCAACUUAAGCUACACGAGAGGAUCCACACGGGAGAAAAACCAUUUCAAUGCAUGGAGUGUGGAAAGAGCUUCCGUCGCUCUGCAUCCCUUACUGACCAUCACAGAAUACACACAGGGGAGAAGCCCUUUCAAUGCCUACAGUGUGGAAAGCGCUUUGCCAGCUCUGGUGGCCUUCGUGCCCACAAACAGACCCACACAGGGGAGAAACCCUUUCAAUGCCUGGAGUGCAGAAAGAGCUUCAGUCAAAAAUGUGGGAAGAGCUUCAAUGCAAAAAAUAGCUAUAUCGUACAUAGCAGAAUCCACACGGGGGAGAAACCCUUUCAGUGCCUGCAAUGUGGAAAGCGCUUUUCCCGUUCUGAUAGGUUUCGUGCCCACAAACGGACCCACACAGGGGAGAAACCGUAG